AUGUCUCUGCCGGUGCAGCUCCUCCAGUUUCGGGGCUGUAGGACCAGAGAGCUGCGCGAGCUGCUCGAGGAUGAAGACGAACUGAAACGCAUCGUCCGGUGCAGUGAGAAGUUCCAGGCGCUGCAGAGGGCCGCGGAGAAGAUGCUGGUUUCAAAUCGGAGAUUGGCAGAAGCCAGUCUCUCCCAAAGCCCCAAGUUCGGGGACGCCAGGCUGCUACUUGCAGUGAAGUACAGGGAGCUGGACCGACUCAGAGGCGUCAUUCGGGCCAAACAAGAACAACUCGCAGGAAAAUACAGUGUCCACUGUGAACAGCUGUGUCUCCUGAAAAACGUCAAUCGCGCAGAGGAGGAGUGUGAGCUGCUGUUUCAGAGCUUUGCCGAGGGGGAAACGCCGCUGGCGGAUUUCCUGGACGGUUUCCUCAGCUCGCGGAAACGCCACCACAGCCGGUUGAUCCUGGUGAGGAAGCUCCAGGAGGCGAUUCGACUCGGCGCUCGCCCCAAGGAUCGGGCUUUCCCGGCGGGCUCUCCCUGCCAGCCCGUCCGCGGUCCCACCGCGGUCGUCGCCUCGCCCCCGGGCUGCCGCCCGCCGUCCCUGCCCUUCGGCGACCUCGCCAACACUGCCCGCCGCCUGCCGCCUUUGCCACUUUGUGUGGACCACGGCGAGUCCCCUCGCCCGGGAGGGCUCGGACGCGGACCCAAAUGGCCGACGGCACCCGAGCGUCUCAAGCCGCUGGGGGUGCGGCAGAGGAGGCAUCGACAGGCGCCGCGAUGA